AUGAAAGCUAAAUGGGGUCAGCCAGCACAGGGUGAAACACCUGCAACCCUUUGGCUUCACUAUGACUGUGCUCAUCGCCGGCUCAGGAACUCUCUGAUUUUUUUCUUCUGGGACUCCACAGGCCUUGUGUACAGCGCAGCAGAAUUUGUGGUGAAAGACACCAAUGGGACGAAUUGUAUCAUGGCUAACUUCUCUGUGACCUUCAGGAUCAACUAUGACACCACCGGGAGCACUGGUUCUCAGAACACAACCUUGGCCCUGAUGUCCGAUGCCCACGUAUUGAACAGCAGCUCCUGUAGAAGGGAUAAUGUUUCUGAGCCCACCCUCAUGAUUGCACUGGGAAAAGGUCAUAUUUUGACCCUCAAUUUCACAAAAAACAUGACUCGAUACAGUGUCAAGAAGAUGAGUCUUACUUAUAACCUGUCAGACAGAGCUACUUUCUCCAACGCCAGUUCCAAUGGAACAAGAACCGCGGACUCCCAGCCCGACAUCUCAGCAGACAUAGAUAAAAAAUACACGUGUGCCAGCAAACACGUGAUUCCUAUGGGCGCUAGAGUCACUGCAGAGCUCCACAAUGUCACCAUCCAGGCCUACCUGUCCAACAACACCUUCAGCCCAGGAGAAACACGCUGUGCUCAGGAUGGGCCUGCCCCUACCCCUGUGCCACCCACACCGCCCCACCCGUCACCACCCCCCACGCCUGAAGUACCCUCGGUGAACAAGUACAACGUGAGCGGUGCCAAUGGGACCUGCCUGCUGGCCAGCAUGGGACUGCAGCUGAAUAUCACCAAGCAGACAGGCGACAAGAUGGUCACCCACAUCAUCAACGUCAACCCCAACAAGACGACAGUGAACGGGACCUGCUCUGCCCAGCUGGUGACCCUGGAGCUGCUCAGCGAGCGAAACAUGGCCCUGGUCCUGCAGUUCGCAAUGAAUACAAGUUCUAGCCGCUUCUUUCUACAAGGAAUCCAGCUCAACGUGACACUGCCUGAAGCCAAAGAGCUGGCCUUCCAUGCCGCCAACACCUCACUGAAGGCCCUCGAGGCCUCUGUGGGCAAUUCGUACAAGUGCAACGCAGAGCAGCAGGUACGCGUCACAGAGGCCUUCUCUCUCAACAUGUAUCGGGUGUGGCUCCAGGCCUUCCGCAUCGACGGCGGCAAGUUCGGGUCUGUGGAGGAGUGCCAGCUGGAUGAGAACAGCAUGCUGAUCCCCAUCGCCGUGGGUGGCGCCCUGGCUGGCCUGGUGCUCAUCGUGCUCAUCGCCUACCUCAUCGGCAGGAAGAGGAGCCACGCAGGCUACCAGACCAUCUAGCACAGCCUCUGUGGCCUCUCGCCUGAGCCCGGCGCGGUGCAGAGGCCAUGUCCUUGCAACUGAUUUCCAAAUCUGCUUCUCCAGUGUGAAGUUCACUGCAACAUUCACUGCACAGAGUAACUAUUGAAUGACGGUGUUAAUUCUGCUAACUGGGUUCAAUAUUUUGCUAACUGGUUAAACGUUCCUAUUACCACAGUAGACCUCUCAGGGUAAGAGUGCUUCUCUCAGCGGCUCUGCUCCGCUCUCAUCUGGCUUUGUAAGAUGUUGGUGUCUGGUGUCCUCACCUCUUACUCAGAUUUAAGCCUUACAAAGGGAAAGUGUCUUCACACUCCGGCCAAUUAUUAGCUGAAACACAUCCUAAAUUAGUAGAGAAAAAGUCUUAGUACAGAAGCACUUGAACGAAGGGUGAACAUCUGCAGUGGUCAUGCGAGCUAGGCAGCUGGGCGUGGCCCAGCCUGUCCCAUGGGCUGGGCUGUCCCUCUCGCCCCUUCAGGGCAGCUGGCACUCCCUGGUAGUACCUGGCGGGGUCCCUUCCAUCCUAGUGAGGGCUCGCUGCCUGUGUACCAUCCCCAGGCUGACCCAUCAAGUGCUGCAGCCUGGAUGGAGCCCAGGACACAUCAGUGAGUGUUGCCUGUAACGAUGCUAAUAAAGUUCGUUCUUUGUUUGUG